AUGGCGUUUGAGCAUGUGNACACUAUCCAAAUUCUAAAGAUAUUCAAAGGGGAAGAACGAGUCAGGAAAAGUACUGGUUUGAGGGAUUUCCCGGGUAAACUCAUCUUUCCUGUCCAGGCGACUAUUUCCACAGAUGAUAACGAGUGCGCAGCAAAAYUUGAAUCUGGAACCGAGUACGUCAUUGGUGGGUACAUGGAUGGUGCUGAACUYGAAACCUUCUCAUGUAAUUGGAUAGAAGAGUGGAAGAGCCUUAGCCGCAGCGAGCAUAGCGGGUUGAGAAAGUACUACAAAGCGAACUGUGGAUGUAAGACCAGCCUWUGUAGCUGGGUGGACCCAUUAGGCGGGUUAAUGGAUCACUAUUGCGGUAUUCAGCAUUUGUACUGUGCAAUGAGAAAGGAUAAAGCGAUGUGUAAGUGGAAGGACAUUGGUGGUGGAUAUGAACGKUGUCUUGGUGAUGCUAAAACCAUCGGACUUUAUCGACUAUAAAAACUUUAUUUAUUUCUCAAGAACUUAUUAUUUUGUACAGUAAUUUGGAAUAAUAGUUCAUUUGCGUUAAAUGCUAUGUCCGCUCUUGCCUGGAUUCUCAGUUAAUUUUCUGUAAAAAUAUGUUUAAUUAUGGUAGCUUUCACAAAUUUACACUGGAUUGGAAAAACUAAACAUCAGUUUGUUAUAGAUAAACUCUUGUUUAGAGUUAUAGGACAAAUUAAUUCUAAAAAAAAAACAACACAAAUUCUGUAUUUACUCUGGCGGGAACUGACGUUGCGCGAAAAACUGAAAUACAAUCAUUUUAAUGUGAUGAGAAUAGAAAUGAAGACAAUCGAAACAUACAUGACGAUAGCAUGAACUAAGGCACGUAUCUUCCAUUUUGUAAGAAUAAACGUAAUAUUCCAAUAUCGAAUUUAAGUGUGCUCUUAUAUUACGUGAGCCUCAAAACCAUGUUGCUUUAUUGAUAGCCUGUGGAAACGCACGGAAUUCUUGUGAAGAAAGAAGAUAAUAAAAUUGAUUUAAAAACUU